UUUUCAUUUUCCCUCUGCUUCCUCCGCCUCUACCCAACGCCUCUGCAAGAACUCAGACACAGACCCACAGAGAAACGACGUCGUUUUGUUCCAAUUCCAACCUGCGAUCGGAUUCCGGAGAGUUUACCGGCUUGACUUGGAACUCCAUAGAUCAAGAUUAUGGUGUUAAAUUUAUUGGUUUUGUAAAAAAACCGCAUGUCGGUUGGCAAAAAUGUCCCUUCUAAGUAGGUUCUUUUACAGAAGACCCCCAGAUGGCCUACUUGAAUUUGUUGAAAGAGUAUAUGUCUUUGAUUCGUGCUUUUCCACCGAAGUCUUGCCUGACGGGAUGUACCAAAUAUAUAUACAUGAAAUCAUAACUGAGUUACAUGAGGAAUUUCCAGAUUCAUCCUUUCUUGCUUUCAAUUUCCGCGAGGGUGAGAAACAGAGCCAGUUUGCAGAAAUUUUAUGCGAGUAUGAUGUUACCAUCAUGGACUAUCCACGACAGUAUGAGGGCUGCCCUAUCCUUCCAUUAUCUUUGAUCCAACAUUUUCUUCGUGUUUGUGAGAGUUGGCUUUCACUUGGGAAUCAACAGAAUAUUAUUCUUCUCCAUUGUGAGAGGGGGGGUUGGCCACUCUUGGCAUUCCUUUUAGCUAGUUUUUUGAUCUUCCAAAAACUGCACAGUGGAGAACGCAGGACCCUAGAAAUAGUGCAUCGAGAGGCUCCUAAAGGUUUCUUGCAGCUCCUGUCGCCUUUAAAUCCAUUCCCGUCUCAGCUUCGUUACAUUCAAUAUGUAGCAAGAAGAAACAUAGCUCCCGAGUGGCCACCUCCUGAGCGUGCACUUUCUUUAGAUUGUGUUAUUCUUCGAGCCAUUCCUAGUUUCGAUUCUCAGAAUGGGUGCAGGCCAAUUAUCCGUAUCUUUGGUAGGAAUCUCCUUAGUAAGGGUGGGCUUUCGACUGAGAUGCUGUUCUCCAUGACUAAGAAGAAGAAGAAGAAGACCCUUCGGCAUUACUGCCAGGCAGAGUGUGAUGUGAUUAAGAUUGACAUUCAGUGCUUGGUGCAAGGAGAUGUCGUUUUGGAGUGUGUCCAUUUUGACUUGGAUCCUGAAAAGGAAGUUAUGAUGUUUCGUAUAAUGUUUAACACAGCAUUUAUUCGAUCAAACAUACUGAUUCUUAAUUCUGAGAACUUAGACAUUCUUUGGGAUUCAAAGGAGCGGUAUCCAAAAGGUUUCAGAGCGGAGGUUUUGUUUGGGGAGGUUGAAAGCAUCUCUCCUCCGAAAGCCCCGACCACUAUUUUAAAUGGUGAGGAGAAGGGUGGAUUGCCCAUUGAAGCUUUUUCUAGGGUUCAAGAACUUUUCAGUGGUGUGGAGUGGGUUGACAGCAGUGAUGAUGCUGCCUUGUGGUUACUUAAACAACUUUCUGUUUUAAGUGAUGUGAAAGAACUUUCAAUGUUGCAAAGUAAAGCAAGUUUAUUUUCAUCACCUGCUGAUUCUGAAGAAGACAAUAAUGCAUCUAGCACUGCUGAUAGUUCAGAUGAAGCGUUUGAUACCAUUCCCAAGUCAUCAACAAUUCCAACCAAAUUUCCAAUACAAGAUACUGUUGAUCCGGUGCCCUUUCCUUUUGAAAGUUAUGGUCCACAUGAUGUAAAUAUUGGUUCAGAAUCAUCUGAUCUAGCAGCAGUAGAAAAUGAUCCAUCAUCUCUUCAUGAACAACUACCUAUUCCAAGUCAAGGAUCUCCGCCUUGUUCAUCCCCUCCUACAAUGGCUCAACCUCCACCUCAUCCUGCAAGUAAUCUACCACUUCCUCCGCCUCCUCCUCCACCACCACCUCCACCUUCCUCUCUUAACUCUAGUAUUGCGCCACCCCCACCACCUCAUUCCUAUAGCGUCGAUAGAGAUUCUCAAAUAUGUACCCCUCCCACCUCCAUCAAGGCCUGCCCACCAUCCCCUCCACCACUGCCUCCACCUCUUAAUAUCUCAGGUAAAUAUCCUUCCAUGGCACCUCCUCCUCCCCCACCACCACUGCCUCCACCUCCUAAUAUCUCAGGAAAAUAUCCUUCUAUGGCACCUCCUCCUCCCCCCCCACCACCACCGCCUCCACCUCCUAAUAUCUCAGGUAAAUAUCCUUCUAUGGCACCUCCUCCUCCUCCAACCCCACCGCCACCCCCUAUCAAUUUUUCUAAAGCUGCUCCACCAGCCCCCUAUACAUCUAGUCAACAAUCUUUAGAUUCAGCUCAGCCACCUCCACCACCACCGCCUCCACCACCCUUGUCAUUCGGAAGUAAAAAUAACAUGUUGCAACCACCUCCACCGUCGCCACCACUGCUGGCAAAACUGCCCCUAUCGACUUCAGCACCUACUGCUGCAUCUAUUCACAAGGCACCGCCUCCACCACCUCCACCUCCACCUCCAAUAGGAGGUAGCUCUGGUAAUGUUUCUCGGCCACCAGCACCUCCACCUCCAAUAGGUGGUAGCCUUGGCAGUGAAUCUCGGCCACCAGCACCUCCACCUCCACCUCCAAUAGGUGGUAGCCUUGGUAGUAUAUCUCGGCCACCACCACCACCACCUCCACCUCCACAUCCAACAGGUGGGAAUCCUAGUAAUGUCCCUCGGCCACCUCCACCACCACCUUCAAGGCCUGCACAGCCAGGUUCAAUCCUGCCACCUCCACCACCCUUACCAAAGCCUCUUGGUGCUUGUACUCCACCGCCAAGUCAUGGCUCAACACCUGCUCCACCUCCACCACCUGGAGCAAAGGGCUCUAAUGCAUCAUUGCCGCCACCUCCAUCCAUUGGUAGGGGGAAGACUUCUUCAGGGACAUCCAAUCUUGGAAAAGGUCGAGGUGCUGGUGGGGUUACUCUUGCCCCUAAGAAAACUUCACUAAAGCCCCUACAUUGGGUAAAAGUUACUCGUGCGGUGCAAGGGAGUUUAUGGGCUGAUUCUCAAAAGCAGGAAAACCAGUCGAGGGCCCCAGAGAUAGAUAUAUCAGAGCUGGAGAGUCUGUUUUCGGCGGCCUCUGCUACAGAUGGGAGUGGCACAAAAGGAGGUCGACGUGGUUCUAACAUGAGCAAACCUGAGAAAGUGCAACUGGUUGACUUGCGCAGAGCAUAUAAUUGUGAAAUAAUGCUCUCAAAAAUAAAAAUUCCUUUGCCAGAUAUGAUUAAAGCAGUUCUGGCUUUGGAUUCUGCUGUUCUAGACAUUGAUCAGGUUGAAAAUCUAAUUAAAUUCUGCCCCACAAAAGAAGAAAUGGAAACACUUAAGAAUUAUGCAGGUGACAAGGAAAUGCUAGGAAAGUGUGAACAGUUUUUCCUGGAGCUGAUGAAGGUUCCACGAGUAGAAUCCAAGUUACGAGUAUUUGCUUUUAAAAUCACAUUUUCUAGUCAGGUCAAUGAUUUAAGGAAGAAUUUGAAUACAAUUAAUGAUGCUGCUAGAGAGGUGAAAGAAUCUGUUAAAUUGCGCCAAAUAAUGCAGACAAUUCUUACUUUGGGAAAUGCCUUGAAUCAGGGCACUGCACGAGGAUCUGCUAUAGGAUUCAAAUUGGACAGCCUUCUUAAGUUAGCUGAUACCCGCGCAAGAAACAACAAAAUGACUUUAAUGCAUUAUUUGUGCAAGCUACUCUCCGAGAAGAUGUCAGAGUUGCUGGAUUUUGAUAAGGAUCUUGUUCAUUUAGAAGCUGCCUCAAAGAUUCAAUUGAAAGCUUUGGCUGAAGAAAUGCAAGCUGUCAGUAAAGGGCUUGAAAAAGUUGAACAAGAACUCGCUGCUUCAGAAAAUGAUGGGGCUAUCUCUGCAGGCUUCCAAAAGGUGCUGAAGAAUUUUCUCGAUACUGCAGAAGCUGAAGUUAGGUCACUUAUCUCCCUGUAUUCUGAAGUGGGAAGAAGUGCUGAUUCAUUGUCCCAGUACUUUGGAGAGGAUCCAGCUCGGUGCCCUUUUGAGCAAGUGACACAAAUCUUGGUCAUCUUUGUCAAGACGUUCAACAAGUCAAGAGAAGAGAAUGAAAGGCAGGCUGAUGUUGAAAAGAAAAAAUUGGAAAAGGAAGCCAUGAAGGAACGGACAACGCCUAUUUUUUCCACAAGGAAAGAUGGAGUUCAUUAGUGGCAUGAAACUUGCAUAUACUCUUAAGAAGUUGGAAGAGAUGGGUUAUGGUUUCCAUUUUCUUUCUCAAACAUAUGCCCAGAAAAUAAUUUUGGGCUGACAAGUAUCUGACGCAGGUUGACUCAUGCAUGCUGCACCAACCCAAGAACAGAGUUUCGAGCUUCAUUAUCUGGAAAAUCACUUGAGCGGUUGCUCAAAAUUGAGUAAUUUGGGGGCAAGUGGACAUCUUGCUCUUAACUCUGGUGCAACCUUCCUUCUUUCCUCUCCCUUCCAUGUAAAUCGGUGAUGCUUGUAUCAUAUUUCCUGUUCAAAAUUGUAUCCCAUAGAUGUAACAAAAUGUAUGGAAGUGUUAUCAGACCGCAUGCUUGAAAUGUACAAAACUUCUUCCAUGACAUUAAACGGGGGAAGUCUUGUCUCACACUGCCAUGGUCUUGGUUAGAAACAUUAUGUUGGAAAUUUUUUAUUAGUAAUUUGCGCAUGGAAUGUUUUUCUUUGUUUUCCAA